GACCGAGCCGGAGUAACGGGACUCCGGCGGCGGGUGGCAGGUGGGAUCGGGCCGGGACGCGCGCCAUGCCAUACCUGCUCAUCAGCACCCAGAUCCGCAUGGAGGUGGGCCCCACCAUGGUGGGCGAUGAGCACUCGGAUCCAGAGCUGAUGCAGCAUCUGGGGGCCUCCAAGAGAAGUGUUCUGGGAAACAACUUCUGUGAGUACUACGUCAACGACCCUCCUCGCAUUGUCCUGGACAAGUUAGAACGCAGGGGCUUCCGUGUUUUGAGCAUGACAGGAGUGGGCCAGACGCUGGUGUGGUGCCUGCACAAGGAGUGAUUGGCAUGCUGACUCGUGGAAGGG